CCGCCGGAAUACGGGAAGCAGCGUGAGGGCUUCGGGUGAGCCGCAGCAGCUUGGCCCUACCUGUCCUCCAUUUCUCAACCACGUUGGAGCCUCAGACAGCCUCGUUUUUACGUGUUCUGCUCCAAUGGAGGCGGCGGUGCUGAACCACGCGAUAAUGACGGAGGUGGACUGCAACAGCAACACCCUGAACGCAGAGCUGGAGGUGAAGAAGCUGCAGGAGCUGGUCCGGAAGCUGGAGCGGCAGAACGAGCAGCUGCGCACCCGGGCGACGAGCUGCUCCGGCGGCCCGCUUGUGCUGCCUGUGUCCCCGGCGUGCGUGAUCAGCGGCGCCGGCGGGUACUGCCUGCCCAGCCCGCUGCCCACCCUGCUCUGCCAGACGUCCUUGGGGUCAUUGGAGGAGCCUUUCGACUAUUUCCAGCCGCACUCCGGCGGGGGUGGAGCGGCUGCGGGGGAGGCGGAGGACGGUUCCGAGCCGUCGGUUCUGGAUGAGCUGGAACUUUUGGAUUUUGAUUCUCUGUGCUGCUCGGACGACUCUGAUGAAACAUGGUUGUAUGUGCCGUCCAAGUCCAGAGAGACAGACACCUCCGUCUCACCGCUGCAGUGGUGCCGGCAGGCUCUGGACUCUCCCAAAUCAGAGGUGGAGGCCGCCAGGAGAUCACUGUCCCUCCGACUGGAACAAGUCUCCAGGUGGCGCAGCUCCCUGUCCAGCCCCUCUCCCACCUCCUCCCCCGGCCCUCCUCUGAGUCGAGUGGCCGGUGUGUCACCUAUAAGUGCUUCCCCUUCAGCCAAACCCUGCUCCCCGUCAUCUGACAGACACGCUCCAUCCCUGUCCUCCCCGCUCCACCCGGUCCUCCAUCGGACGUUGAGUCCUGUAGGGAAGGAUCUCUCCCCCCUAGCUGAGAGGACUCCCACGUUCCUCCCUGCGAGCCGCAGCCGCAGCCUCCGGCGCUCCACCCUCAGCCCCCAGUCCUCCAUGGACAGCGACCUCGGUGCUUCAGAGGUGGAGGAUGACUCCAUCACUCUGGGAUACAAACUGCAGGACCUCACCGACGUCCAGGUUAUGGCCCGACUGCAGGAGGAGAGUCUAAGACAGGACUACGCCAGCACGUCCUCCGUCCUGGCCAACCGCCGCAGCCAGAGCUUCACCUUCCAGCUCAGCCAGCUCAGCGCCGGCCCCGACCUGGAGGAGGAAGACGAGGAGGACGACGAAGACUACGGCCUCCUGCCCCCGCCGCAGCCGCGCCUCACCCGCCUGCCACACUCCCACACCUUCUCCAGCAUCCGAGACUGGCGAAGAAGCACCACUUCCCUGUCCACCCCACCUUCCACCCCCUCCACCCCGCCUUACCCUUCCGCUGGCUUCGCCUUUCAACCGCAGCUCCAGGCCCAGCCGCAGGGACUUGGACUGGGCAGCCUCUGCGCAGCCGAGCAGCAUGGCUUCAGACCAGGAUCAGCUGAAUAUGAGAAUAAGCUGCGGAGGAGCAUGCCUAACCUUGUCAGAACUCCCAGCAUGCCCAGUGUGCCCAUUCCAACCAACCCCAGUGCUUCCCCUUCUUUGCUUCGUAACAGCCAGAGUUUCGAUUCAUCCAGCGGGCUGGCUCGACUGCAGUCCUCCAUCCCUUCCCCAGGCCAGCUACAAAACAGGGUCCAGAGCGUCGGGAACUUCUCCUCAUUAUCACGGCAGCCGAUAAAGGCCACCGCCUACGUCAGUCCCACCAUUAAGGGCUCGUCCUCCAUGCCAACCUCCACCAGCCUCCAGGGUCUGAACGUCAGCAGCGGGAUGAACACAGGGGGUGGCAGUGGCAUCCCUCUGCUCAGUAAACCACCAGGUGGAGGGGGGACACCCACCUCUACGCCGAACACGCCCCGCAGCAGCCUGCCCCGUCCUGCUUCCUUUGUUGGCACUCCAAGCUCAACCCCCCGCAACAAGGUGGCCCAACCAGCUCGAAGUUUACUGACGCCUCCAAAGAGCUUGUACCUCAGUGCCCUUCGUGACAGCACCUGGAAAGACGGCUGCUACUGAUGACCGGGUUAACUGGUGCAGUGUAAACCCUGCUGGCUGGGGCAACUCGCUACACCUCCACAUACGUUUUUUCAUGGGGACAUUUA